CGCCAACCCCUCCCAAUGCUGAAGAGUUUCAACCCGGCGGGGCUGGAGUGAAGAAGGGAAGGGCGGAAGGGAGGAGAGGAGAGGAGCGGAGCUCCGCGCAAUUCACAGCUGUUCCAGGGAGGGGGAGCGGCCUCGCUAUUAUUUAACAGUGAAGAAAAAAAAAAUUAAAGGAAAAAAAAGAGAAGAGACGGGAAAAUGGCGAACGAUUCUCCUGCAAAAAGUCUGGUGGAUAUCGACCUUUCCUCCCUGCGGGACCCCGCUGGGAUUUUUGAACUGGUGGAAGUGGUUGGCAAUGGCACGUACGGGCAAGUCUACAAGGGUCGCCAUGUCAAAACAGGUCAGCUGGCAGCCAUCAAAGUCAUGGACGUUACUGAGGAUGAAGAAGAAGAAAUCAAGCUGGAGAUUAAUAUGCUUAAGAAAUAUUCUCAUCAUAGAAAUAUUGCAACUUAUUAUGGUGCUUUCAUUAAGAAAAGUCCUCCAGGACAUGAUGACCAACUGUGGCUUGUUAUGGAGUUUUGUGGAGCUGGCUCUAUCACAGACCUUGUGAAGAACACAAAAGGGAAUACUCUGAAAGAGGACUGGAUAGCAUAUAUCUCCAGAGAGAUUCUCCGGGGGUUGGCACAUCUUCAUGCCCAUCAUGUGAUUCACAGGGAUAUCAAAGGGCAAAAUGUGUUGUUAACAGAGAAUGCUGAAGUGAAACUUGUGGAUUUUGGUGUGAGCGCUCAGCUGGACAGGACAGUUGGCAGGAGAAACACUUUUAUUGGGACUCCGUACUGGAUGGCUCCAGAAGUUAUUGCCUGUGAUGAGAAUCCAGAUGCUACAUAUGAUUACAGAAGUGACCUUUGGUCGUGCGGCAUUACGGCCAUAGAGAUGGCAGAAGGAGCUCCCCCACUUUGUGACAUGCACCCCAUGAGGGCACUCUUUCUGAUACCCAGGAACCCUCCCCCACGGUUAAAAUCCAAGAAAUGGUCAAAAAAGUUUUUCAGCUUUAUAGAAGGUUGUCUAGUGAAGAAUUACAUGCAGAGACCCUCUACAGAACAACUGUUGAAGCAUCCCUUUAUACGUGACCAGCCAAAUGAAAGGCAAGUCCGAAUCCAGCUUAAGGACCAUAUAGACAGGACCAGGAAGAAGAGAGGAGAGAAAGAUGAGACGGAGUAUGAAUAUAGUGGAAGUGAGGAAGAAGAGGAGGAAGUGCCUGAACAAGAAGGAGAGCCAAGUUCCAUUGUCAAUGUGCCUGGAGAAUCAACCCUCCGACGUGAUUUCCUGAGGCUGCAGCAGGAAAACAAGGAACGUUCCGAGGCCCUUCGGAGACAGCAGCUGCUGCAGGAGCAGCAGCUCCGUGAGCAGGAGGAGUACAAGAGGCAGCUGCUGGCAGAGAGGCAGAAACGCAUCGAGCAGCAGAAGGAGCAGAGGAGGCGGCUAGAAGAGCAACAAAGAAGAGAAAGGGAAGCUCGAAGGCAGCAAGAGCGUGAGCAAAGGCGGAGAGAACAGGAGGAAAAAAGACGUCUGGAAGAAAUGGAGAGGAGGCGUAAGGAGGAGGAAGAGAGAAGAAGAGCAGAGGAGGAAAAGAGGAGGGUAGAAAGAGAGCAGGAGUAUAUCAGGCGACAGCUAGAAGAGGAGCAGCGGCACUUGGAAAUUCUACAGCAGCAGCUGCUCCAGGAGCAGGCCAUGUUACUGGAAUACAGAUGGCGAGAGAUGGAGGAGCACCGGCAGGCAGAGCGACUCCAGCGCCAGUUGCAGCAGGAGCAAGCCUACCUCCUGUCGCUGCAGCACGAUCACAGGCGGCAGCAGCAGCAGCAACAGCAGCAGCAGCAACAGCAGCAGCAGCAGCAAGAAAGAAAUAAACAAAGCUAUCAUACCCCUGAGCCAAAAUCCCACUAUGAGCCUGCUGAAAGAGCACGUGAGGUGGAGGAGAGAUUUAGAAAAACUAAUCAGGGCUCCCCUGAAGCACAGUCUAAACAGAUGGGCAAAGUGUUGGAGCCACCAGUGCCUUCAAGAUCAGAGUCCUUUUCCAAUGGAAACUCAGAACCUGCUCAGCCUGCCCUGCAGAGGCCAAUGGAGCCCCAGGUACAGUGGUCCCAUCUGGCAUCUCUCAAGAACAAUGUUUCCCCUGUCUCGCGAUCCCAUUCCUUCAGUGACCCUUCUCCCAAAUUUGCUCAUCACCAUCUUCGUUCCCAGGACCCAUAUCCACCUUCACGCAGUGAAGUGCUUAAUCAGAGUUCUGACUCUAAGUCGGAGGUACCCGACCCCACCCAAAAGGCUUGGGCUAGAUCAGACAGUGACGAGGUGCCUCCAAGGGUACCUGUGAGAACAACGUCCCGAUCGCCAGUCCUGUCCCGCCGCGAUUCCCCACUGCAGGGCGGUGGGCAGCAAAAUAACCAAGCAGGACAAAGAAAUUCCACGAGCAAUAUAGAGCCUCGUCUGCUGUGGGAAAGGGUGGAGAAGCUUGUACCAAGGCCAGGCAGUGGCAGUUCUUCUGGCUCAAGCAACUCUGGCUCCCAACCUGGCUCUCACCCUGGCUCUCAGAGUGGGUCUGGAGAGCGGUUCAGGAUGAGAUCAUCAUCCAAAUCAGAGGGUUCACCAUCACAGCGCCAUGAAAGUGCACCUAAAAAGCCUGAAGAGAAAAAGGAAGUCUUCAGACCUAUCAAGCCUGCUGGAGAAGUGGAUUUAACUGCAUUGGCAAAGGAGCUGCGAGCAGUAGAGGAUGUGCGACCUCCACAUAAAGUAACGGAUUACUCAUCCUCAAGUGAGGAGUCGGGGACAACAGAUGAGGAAGAUGAUGAUAUGGAGCAAGAAGGAGCAGAUGAAUCUACUUCUGGACCAGAUGAUGUCCGAGCAGUGUCAACGUUGAACUUGAGCAAUGGUGAAACAGAGUCAGUAAAAACCAUGAUUGUCCAUGAUGAUGUGGAGAGUGAACCUGCCUUGACUCCUUCUAAGGAGGGCACCUUAAUUGUUCGACAGACUCAGUCCGCUAGUAACACACUCCAGAAACACAAAUCUUCCUCCUCCUUUACACCUUUUAUAGACCCCAGAUUACUACAGAUUUCUCCAUCUAGUGGGACAACUGUGACUUCUGUGGUAGGAUUUUCUAGUGAAGCAAUGAGAUCAGAGGCAAUAAGGCAAGACCCUACCCGGAAAGGAUCAGUUGUCAAUGUGAAUCCCACCAAUACACGGCCACAGAGCGACACACCGGAGAUUCGGAAGUACAAGAAGAGAUUCAAUUCUGAGAUACUGUGUGCGGCCUUAUGGGGAGUGAACUUGUUGGUGGGCACUGAAAGUGGUCUGAUGCUGCUAGACAGAAGUGGGCAGGGGAAGGUUUAUCCACUCAUCAAUCGAAGACGAUUCCAGCAAAUGGAUGUACUUGAAGGGCUGAAUGUCUUGGUGACAAUUUCUGGUAAGAAGAACAAGUUGCGAGUUUACUAUUUGUCAUGGUUAAGAAAUAAAAUCCUUCACAAUGAUCCUGAAGUAGAAAAGAAACAGGGCUGGACAACGGUGGGCGACCUGGAAGGCUGUGUGCACUAUAAAGUUGUAAAAUAUGAACGAAUCAAGUUCUUGGUAAUUGCAUUGAAGAGUUCUGUGGAAGUCUAUGCAUGGGCACCAAAGCCAUACCAUAAAUUUAUGGCCUUUAAGUCAUUUGGAGAAUUGGUACAUAAGCCAUUGCUGGUGGAUCUAACCGUAGAAGAGGGUCAGAGACUAAAAGUGAUCUAUGGCUCCUGCGCUGGCUUCCAUGCUGUUGAUGUGGAUUCAGGAUCCGUCUAUGAUAUUUAUCUACCAACACAUAUCCAGAGUAGCAUCCAACCUCACGCAAUCAUCAUCCUCCCAAACACGGAUGGGAUGGAGCUACUGGUCUGCUACGAGGAUGAAGGAGUUUAUGUCAACACCUACGGAAGGAUAACCAAGGAUGUGGUUCUGCAGUGGGGAGAAAUGCCAACUUCAGUUGCAUACAUCCGCUCUAACCAGAUCAUGGGCUGGGGAGAAAAAGCUAUCGAGAUCCGGUCGGUGGAAACUGGACACUUGGAUGGUGUGUUCAUGCACAAAAGGGCACAAAGACUCAAAUUCUUAUGUGAACGCAACGACAAGGUUUUCUUUGCCUCCGUGCGGUCAGGUGGAAGCAGUCAAGUCUAUUUCAUGACCCUUGGCAGGACUUCACUUCUGAGCUGGUAGAAGCAGUGGGAUUUGGAGAGGAAUUGCUGACAUCCAGAGUCUGAGAUCUUCAUAACUUGGAAUUAUUUUCAACUGGAGUACAGACCUGCACGAGUGCAGCACUCUGUGUAAAUGUGUGUGCAGGCAUCACUGGUGUUAGGUUUCUUUAUGUUUUUCAACUGAGGCUGCGAGGCAGCUGGUGCUGUAAAGAUAUUGCCAUCAGGUGCUACAAUGUCUUUGAGAUUUGGGAUCACGCUAGAAAGCUACAGGUCUUCUUUUCCCUUCAGCUCCAGUAUUCCUAGGAUUUGAAGGACUCUGUUUGUUAGUGUUAAAACAGAGGAGGGGGGAAAAAAGGAAGAAAAACAAACCAGGCUUACCAUGAACAUGCUGUUUGUUGAGUGGACAGGAGGCAGGCAAGAGAAGGUGAGAAGUGGUGUAGAGAGUCAGACUGGCUGAAACAGAGGGCAGAUCUAGUCUAGUAAUGUUAACAAUGUAUUUAAUUGACAUUUCUUUUUUGUAAUGUGACAAUAUGUGGACAAAGAGGAAGGUGCAGGUUUUAAGAAGUUAAUAUUUAUAAAAUGUGAAAGACACAGUGACUAGGAUAUCUUCUUCUUGGGGACAGGGAGGGUGGGAAGGGUCUUGGG